GUCAGUGGCGCCUCCGUCUCGUGCUGUCCAGCGCUCUUCCCUCAGUAACUCUGUAGUGAAUGUGUGUUGUACGUUACCACCUGCAGUUCGUUGUCUACAACAGCUUUCCCUUUGCAGUGUAAUGGCAGGUUGGGCUGCUGCUGCUGCCUCCAGGUCGACAGAGAUGGACUAUGAACAUGCACUCAGCCCUGCAGGCAACUAAAUCUCUACUAGUCCUGCUGCAACUCCAUGAACAAGAUCACUGUGAAAUACAGCCGAGCACCCAUCAGCGAUUAUGGACCCGAACUCCAACAACGAGAGGAAAAGGAUCUCCUGGACCAGUUUACCUGAGGCUCCUUCGCUGUAGAUGCUGCUCACUCCUCUAUUCACCAACAUCAUCUCAUGGCUGGGAUUCAGCAGCUACCUGUUAACUUGCAGACAAAUGUUUUGCUGAAGCCAUCUGCCUGAAGGAGCAUUAAAAAGACAAAAAAAAAGCAACGUUGGCUGUUGACUGCAAGCAGCUUGUGUGUUUGUGGUUGGGUCUGUAAUCAUGGGGAAGGAACAGGAUCUGCUGGUGGCAGUGAAGACUGGAGAUCUUCUGCUAGCGCACAAACUUCUCUCCAAAGUCAAGUGCAACAAAAGCAAGUUGCUGGGCUCCACCAAGAGACUCAACAUCAACUACCAAGACUCAGACGGCUUCUCGGCGCUGCACCAUGCCGCACUCACGGGCACCACGGAGCUGCUGUCUCUGCUGCUGGAGGCCCAGGCCACGGUGGAUAUCAAGGACAUCAACGGCAUGCGUCCUCUCCACUACGCAGCAUGGCAGGGAAAAGCAGACUCGGUCUUAUUGUUGCUGAGAGCCGGAGCUUCAGUCAACUCCGCUUCCCAUGAUGGACAGACGCCGUUACAUCUUUCUGCUCAGUAUGGACACUACGAGGUGUCUGAGAUGUUGCUGCAGCACCAGUCUAAUCCCUGCCUGACGAACAAGGCAAAGAAGACUCCUCUAGAUCUGGCCUGCGAGUUUGGCAGACUGAAGGUGGCUCAGUUGCUGCUGAGCAGUAACAUGGUGACGGCCCUGUUAGAAGGGGAAGGGGUGCACAACAGCCUGGAAUCUCCAUCCACUACUCCCCUCCACCUGGCAGCCAGGAAUGGACACAAAGACAUAAUAAAGUUGCUCCUCAAAGCUGGUAUUGACAUCAACAGAGCCACUAAAGCGGGGACGUCUCUGCAUGAGGCUGCCCUCUAUGGCAAAACUGAAGUGGUGCGACUGCUGCUUGAUGCGGGCAUCAAUGUGAACAUGCGCAACACGUACAACCAGACAGCUUUGGACAUUGUCAACCAGUUCACCACCUCCACAGCCAGCAGGGAAAUCAAACAGCUGCUGAGAGAGGCAUCAAGCUCUCUCCAGGUCAGAGCGGUGAAGGACUACUGGAACCUCCACGACCCCACUGCUCUUAACCUCCGCGCUGGAGAUCUUAUUAUGGUCCUGGAGCAGCACUCAGACGGCCGCUGGAAAGGUCACAUCCACGACACGCAGCGGGGGACAGACAGGGUGGGCUUCUUCCCGCCUUCAGUGGUGGAGGUCCUCAGCAGACGAGCAGGGGGCACUCUCUCCCGCCAAGCCUCAAUGCCUUGCCAACGACAGCACUUUGCAUCCAGAGCUCCUUCCUCAAGCCAUGGCCCCACCCCUCAGACUGAUGACUCAUACACCCUUGGCUAUGAUCCCACAGGUGACAGAAACAGUGUUGGGAGUGCAGGCAGUGUGGGCAGCAGCCGCAGUGCCGGUAGCGGCCAGAGCUCAGAGAGUGGCCACAAACAGAAUGGGAUUCAAAAUCGCCACAAUGCUGACACUGGCAAGCUGGCUCCCUCUGCUGGUGAAUCUGGAGAUCAUCUCCACAUUGCAGGAGCAGACCAUAGCAAACAGGCUGAUGGAUCCACAGGUGGUUCCCGUCGGCAGGUCAACGGCACUCCUCAGAAAGGCUUUGUGAGGCCAGAAGAGCUUCUGGAGGGCAAGGACUCUGAGGCCAUUUACCAGUGGUUAUGUGAGUUCCAGUUGGAGCAGUACACAUCUAACUUCAUCAGUGCAGGAUAUGAUGUACCCACCAUCAGCAGGAUGACCCCUGAGGACCUGACAGCUAUUGGAGUGACCAAACCAGGCCACAGAAAGAAGAUUUCAAUGGAGAUCGGCAAGCUGAGCAUCCCUGAGUGGCUGCCUGAUUACAUUCCUUCGGACCUGGGAGAGUGGCUGAGUGUGAUUGGACUGCCUCAGUACCAGAAGAGAUUGUGUGACAACGGCUAUGACUCCAUUACUAUCGUCAAAGACAUUACUUGGGAGGACCUGCAGGAGAUAGGCAUCACCAAACUGGGCCAUCAGAAGAAGCUCAUGUUAGCAGUGAAGAGACUUUGUGACCUGCAGCGCUCUCGUAACCAUGCCGACAGAGCUGGAGGUGGGACUCUUCGACGGAAGCCCCCCGCUGCCCUGGAGCUGGUGGCCAUUGAACACACACCAACACACAAUGUGCACGCUCACGCUCAUGCCCGCUCUGAUGCUCCUUCUGACGACUGCUGCCCCUCCCCUCGCACCCCCAGGACCCUCAUGUCCUUCCAGGACAGCGAGUUGAGCGCCGAGCUGCAGAGUGCUAUGAUGGGCAGAGCUGGGGGAGGAGCUGCAGAGGCAUUCGGCAUCAGGGGCGUGACCUCUGCAGCAGUUAUAUCUGCCAUGUCAGUCAGUCAGGAGAGCAUUAGCAUGAGAUCGCGGGGAUCAGGGAAUUCUGGAAAUUCAGGAUAUUCUCAAGAUCACCAGGCUGCACCGUCCUCAGCCAAGGUAUCCAGCCGGUCAGAGGAGAGUCUAGGGAGCGGUGCAGGGGAGGAGGCCAAGCGUGGGGGAAGCAGUCCUGGAGGCAGAGGUAGACAGAGACCUACAGAGAUGUGGGAGCACCAGAAUCGCUCAGCUACCCCCAACAAACUCCCCUUCUCCCCCCUAACACCUCCGCUAACCCCCAGCAAGAUGCCUCGCUUUGCAUACCCGGCCGUCCCACCCAAGGCCAAACACUUCCAGUCUCCAAACCGCCUCUAUCAGCCUCAGCAUCAUCCACCUCCCUCCCCUUCUUCCCCAUCCCCGCAGCCUUCCCCUACACAGAAGGCCUUCAGUUACAUCCACGCUCAGGCAGGAGGCAUCAACGGGGCCCCACGGGUGCUUUCCAAGCCUCUGCCUGGAGCUGUACCUCUGCUGGGACCCCGGCCUGGGCAGGGCCCAGCUGAGGAAGUCCAGAGGGGCCCGCACAAGAAGCGUGCCCAAAGCCUGACUCGCUACGCCUUGUCUGAUGGCGAACCGGACGAUGAUGACGACCCUGUUCCCUCCCACACCUCUGCUUCCUCUGGAGCCAUGCCCUCCUAUGCCACCCUGUCGCGCAGGCCGGGACGCGGGCACACAAGUGCCACAGGGGCCCAACGCCACAUCAACCGCAGCCACUCUUUUGCUGUGCGAUCUCGACGCAAAGGCCCUCCCCCACCACCGCCCAAGAGGAUGAGCUCGGUAAGCGGCAGCCCGGCACGCCAACCGGGCAAUGGACAAGGGGUGGAGCCAGAGGUGAAGGGAGGGGUGGAGACAGAGAGCUCAGGCAGUGUGAGGAGCAUCGCAGCCAGGUUAGAGGGAAGCAGCAGCAGCAGCCCAUCCAGGAGGAUAGAUAUACCUCCACCUCAUAUCCCAGUUUCACCUGUUUUCAAUCCCGUUUCCUCCCCGAUUCCACACGGGAUGACUCCUCACGUCAUCCUACAGCACUCCAAACCUGUCCCUGCUCUGGGCGUUGGGGGCCUGAGGAGGACAGGAAGCGAGAGGACCGAAGUGGAGAUUGACAGGCAAACACUUGAAGAGAGAGACAGGAAAAGUGAAAGAAUGUCAAAGAGUGCUACUGCAUCUCCGAAGCACGCUGACCACCUCCCUUUCGCUGAAGAAGGCAACCUCACUAUCAAACAGAGGCCAAGGAUGUCAGCUGUCACCCACGCAGACACUGAAAUCAGAACUUCUCCACAACGUCCAGCUCAGACUCCGACCAGCUUGGAGCUCCCCGAGUUCAACCUGAAAGAGUCUGACACAGUGAAAAGACGACACAAACCCAAAGACAAAGACUCACUGACACCUGAUGAGGUUACCUCCCCUCACAAAGACAGCAACCACCUGCAAACCAACAGUCUUCAAAUGCACAAUGAAUUCAGGGCGCAGAGUGAUGAUGAAUCUCAGAGGCCAGUGAUUAUGUUCCAGAGAGUGGGCUCCAUGGGAAAAGGCCCAAAGCCUCCAGUGUCCUCAAAACCUCCCAGUCCACUCAAACAACCCCCUAACAGCAGACCAACAACCCCCCAGAAAGCCGUCUGUUCAGUACCAGCUAGUCCACAAACAGCCAUUCCUAAACUAACCAGUGUACAGAUUCACACAGUCUCCCCGAAACUGGGCGGCAGCAUUCACACACAGACAUGUAUACCUAGCCCCAAACCUGUGCACCCGCAGACAGUGAUGUCCAAGCCAGAGAGUCCCCAGAAAGUUGCUGGUUUGUCUGUAUCAAGACUCCCUCAGCCCAGCAUGGUGUCUGCAUCAACAGCAGGACUGAACCUCAACGUGGUCCAGAGCGUUACGUUUGCUGCUCCUUCUACCCCAACUCCGGCCCAUUCGUACCCCACCUCGGCACCUCCAGGUCAGACAGGGAAAGCAGGGACGGCCGGUCUGGAGGUGCUGGCUCAGAAGAGGCUGGAGCAAACCAGUACGUCACUGGAGGCUGCCCUCAAAGUGGUGGAGAACAAACUGGCGCAGGGGAGCAAUGUGGACAGUGGCAGCAGCACAGUGAAGGCGGCAGGAAAUAUUCUGGAUGACAUCGGCAACAUGUUCGACGACCUGGCUGACCAGCUGGACGCUAUGUUGGAGUGACAUCCCCCCAACUCCCUCACAAACUUCCUUUCUUAGGAGAGCGACAGACCAAACACGGAGAGUGAGCUCCCUUUGAAGCUGCUGAGAGCAGAGACAAUGGAGGGCUCAGCUCCUCUCCAUCACUCUGGGUAAAUCCAUAACAGAAACUUUAUUUAUCCACGACGGGGGAAAUUCUCAGAAAGUGCACAUCUGAGGAUUUCCUGCACGACUUUUCCUCAGUAUUGCCCAGUUUUUUUCAACGCGAGCACUUCGCCUUAGGACACACACCUGGGAAUGUUAUUGGAGGAACAACAAACUGCAGCUUCCACACAUCUCUGUGUGUGUAUGUGUGUGUGUUCAGUAUAGUAUCACUAAAGGGAAUGAGGGUCCACUUUAUUCAUGUUACCUGUAAAUAUAUAGAUGAGUCUAUGGUGACACUGUGUAUGUGUGUAGUCUUUAUACUGAAUAUAUUUAUACUUCUGUAUGUUUGUUUUGUAACAAAUAGAGUUCACUGUUUAAAUCAUUCUGGUGUAUAUUAGCAUAACUGUCUUAUAUAUAUUUUGCUGCUUCUUGUCUAUAACACGGGAAAACUAUUGUAUUUAAAGCAGCGUAUUCCUGAUGUGUUGCAACAUGUUUUUACCAAAGUCUUUUAUCCUCUUCAGGAGGCACGUUGUGGGGCUUCUGUCAGCACUAAGUGAGGAAACAUUCUGUCUUUAAAGCGUUCUCGUCGGUGCAUCAGGUGUGACUGUGGAGCUCAGUCCACCUCCCACUAACAGUUUGGAAGGUUUUACAGCUCGCCUCAGGGUGCUAUGAAGUGAAUUGACUGUAAGUGUGCUGGUUUCAGAGAAGAAUUCCAAAGAGUACAAAGCAUUUCAAGUAAGUCAUCUGAAAGAAUAUGGUCAUUAUUUCAAAGUGACUCGACACAGUUAGAGAUCGGGUUUAUAUAGAGGAGUCUGCAGUGUGCUACAGGAAUCAUUAAAGACUUUAACAUGUUAAAAAGUAAAAUAACAUCAAAUGAUAAGUUGAUACCUUUUAAAACGCCAUUGCAAAGUUUUUUUCUUUACUUUUUUUUUUUUUUUUUUAACAUUUAAAGGGACAGUUCACCCCAAAAUUAAGAAUCCAUAUUUUUUCCCUUACCUGUGCUGUUGUUUAUCAGUCUAAAUUGUUUUGGUUUAAGUUUUAGAGUGUUGGAGAUAUCAGCCGUGGAGUUGUCUGCCUUCUCUCCAGUAUAAUAGAACUAGCUGGCACUCGGUUGGUGGAGCUCAAAGCAACAAAAAACACACUGGAAGUUUUUUGUUUUUUUUUUGGGGGGGGGGGGGGCAUUUUGCCUUUAUUUGACAGUACAGUCAUGCCGUGAAAGGGGGUGAGAGGGCGAAUGACAUGCUGCAAAGGGCUGAGGGUUGGAAUCGCAGCCACUGCGGCAAGGACAAAGCCUUUGUACAAGAGGUACCUGCCCCACCAGGUGAGCUUGUGGGCUUAAGAUAAUCCACAGACCUUGUGAGCAGUUUCAUGUAGGAAAUAUUUUCUUUUUACCAAAGUAUACCCACCUGCUGUAUUACUGUGCAGAAGGAAGUGUGCAUCUACUCAUGGAUAAGAGGCUUGUGACAGUGUCAGAUGAACAUUAACAGCGUCCUCCUUGGCUGAGCUGUAAUGUUAGCUAGCUCAGUGGAGCUACGUAAGCUAGAAUUAGUUGCAUGGUGAUAUGGUUGGCUGGUCUAGACUGAUAAAUAGCAUUACAGGUAAAAGGAAAAUAUGUAUUUUUUGUUUUGAGGUGAACUGUCCCUUUAAAUUCUCCUAGCACACUCCAGACUCCACUGAGGAGCAGGGACCUCUCACAAAGCAAUCAGUGUGUUAAACAGCUUAUUGUGGUUAACUCUGGCUUUUUCUUUUUUACUUUUUACUGCUGCAGUGAAUGAAUUCCCCAGCAGGAAUCAGUACUUUCAUUAAAUAUGUUACUGUGGAUCUGUUGCAUAUGAUUAGCUCUUCCAUAUACAUGAGCUUAUAGCUGGGUUGAUAAAGUCAGAGUUAACAGAACCAGCUGGUAACCAGCUUUGUGAGACAAGUUAUUCAGGAUCACCAAAGUUUACCGAAGCCGGAUGUCUCAAAAAGGUUGUACAGUGAACGUAAUGUUUGGGAACUAGGAGCUGUUGUUUCGUUGCAUUUUACUUUCAUUAACCUCUCCCUCUGUUGUAAUGCACCUUACAAAGUAUUCACUGCACAAAACUAUGCUUUUAUGAUUGACCCACCUGACGCCACUGUCAGCCAUUGACCCAAUGCCGUACACUUAUUGUGCGACUCAGUGUCUGUCUGUGAGCCAUCCUCUGUUAGUGAGCUCAGUAGUGAAAAGCCAUCUUUGAUUUUUCAUUUGUCCUUUUUUUAAUGGCCCUCAGAAAGUUCUUCUCAAGACUUGGAUGCACUGUAAAAAAAAAAAAUCAGGGAGUUGGCAUGUUUUUAAGAUUGCGAGGUGUACUUGUAUUUUUACAUCAAACAUAACAUUUAGCACUAUUGAUUCCUCUGUUCUGUUUUGAUGGAUGCCUGUUACUUUUUAAUAAUAUUUCCAUUGAAUUCUGUAUCAUCCUGAAAAUCAUUAAAAGGAGAAUUUGUACUGA